ACUGCGCACGCGCGCAUGUCCAUUAGCCAAUGAAAUUCGUGCGUGCCAUUUAAACAACUACAACAAACCAAGCAGGUUCCCCCAGUGUGUGCAGUAUGAUGGGACGUGUGUACGUACUAUGUGGGGAUGUGGAGCCAGAGGCUCUGAAAACCGUCAUUGAUGCUGUUCAGAAUCAUGAAACACAAGAAGAAAGGAUUACAGUUUCCAAAAACUCUCUGUGUGCAUUGGGCAAGUUCCCAGAGUCCGCGUCAGUACCGUGGUGCAGUGUUGCAGAAUACUUUACACAGAAAUACAGGUCCUUGCGUCUUUCACAAAAUGACACAGAGACAGUUCUGAACGCAGAGGACCAGAUGGUUGCCUUGCAGAUAUGUCUAGCUGAGCUUAGUAAGCAGGAAAGUGGAGAAUUUGAAGUCGAAUUGAGCAAGGUUUUAGAGAGUAACAAAAAACUUUGUGUAUACAAGCGAGAUCCUACAAAGUGUAAAGACAGUGACAAGGAACUGUUUAAGAUGUAUGAGAGCCAUCUUGCUCACUGUAACACUGUGGACCUUUUUGACGUUAUGUUAGCAGUGAAGAGGAAACUAACAGGAGGAAAUAAAGAGGAUGAUUUGUGCCAGGAAGGAAAACAGUCCAUUGAUGGAGACAUGGAUUUUAUUAUCAUGCAUGAAGGGUUAGAAGAUGUAGAGAGAGAAAUGCUAAAAAUCAUUUGCCAAAACAAGAAACUGUACAAGGUGAACACAGAAUCCUCUCUGUCUAGUUCAGUUGACCCCACAGUUUUAUUUGAAGAGUGCAACAUGGAUGAUGUUCUCGACUCCACAGCCAGUAUAGAAUCCCCCAGAACUAGUGGAUUCUCCAUCACUGAGGCUUAUAUCAGAAGAGUAUUUCAUUCCUAUCUGGAACUUCUCAUAAACUCCAGAAACGAACUUGCCCUGGCUCGUGUGAUCAAUGUGCCUGACAGGGGGAUUGAUCACCAGGCAUUCACUGAGAUCAAAAGAGUAGCAAAGGAGAAGAAAAUGCCUAUGUGCCAGACUGCCAUUUCCUUCAUUAUGCGUCUAAGACUUGGUGGGAAGGGGUACGCCCCAGACCCCUCCUCUCCACUGACCACCCAUGUUAAAGGACUUGGGGAGUUUGUAGACCUCAUCCAUAAGCUACAGACCAUAAUUGAAGAGGUGAAGGAUCACAGGGUGGCUCUCUGCAGACUUGUGAAUGUUUUAAAGCUGACUAUUGCCAGAAGCAAGGACUGCAAGCUGCGCAAGUGCAGUGUUGAAAAAGUGGCAGAAAAUCUACAUGAUCAGAUUUCUCAUCUACUUGAUAGUGCAGAGGGUGUUGAGGAACAGAGCCCUGCUAAGUCUAAUGGCGAGGGAGGCUCCAUAUUAGGCAAAAAGACAAUAAAAACUUUGCAGAAGUUGCUGGACCAUAUUGCUUGCCAACCAAUGGAGCAUUCCUCUGCAGAUAUUCUCACAGAUACAUUUUCCAGUCAAAAGACUCCUGUACGACUCCCAGCACUUGUGUCGCAGUUCAGAUCUCCAGACAUGGUUGAGGAGGAAAUCAUGAAGGAGCCAAAUAUCAGUGAAACUUUGUCUGAGAGGAUGGUGAAGAAGAAACAGGGUCAGAAAGAUAUAAGGCCAGUUGAGCGGUAUGGUUCAUGUAUGGACUGGGCAGCCCCUGCAUACAAUUCUGGUUUCUCCCAGAAUGAUGAGAAGGAGUUUCUACUGGCACUGAAGACCUAUAACUCUGCUAACAACCAAAACUUGGUCUCAGGUUGUGUGGAAGGCGGUGAAAAAAACAUUGUAAGGAAAGUUUUGGAGUCUAUCAACGACCAAGAAAACAUCACCAGCACAUCAACAAAACCAACAACAGAGGGUGUAGAUAAUGAUUGCAAUAUACAGGAAAAGAAGAAGACAAACAGUAAAGCCGUAAAGAGAACAGCCACAGCAAUGGAAACUGCAGAUUUACCAAAAAGUAAAAAAACAAAGAAGGCUGUUACAACGAAAACGGCAAGAAAGAAACUGAUACCCCAGCUGAAGGGGCAGAAACAGUUGACACACUUUUUCAGGGUUUGAUUUUUUAUUCUUAUUUGAUUUAUUUCGAUUUUAAUUAUUACAUUUUAUGAUUUUCACAUUGGUGCUGGACAUUUUUGUUGUAUGUCAUUUUAAAUUAUUGUUGUUAUAAUAAUAAAUAUAAGAAUGAUAAACAUUAAAAAAAUAUUUCCCAUUGGAAUAUGUUAGUCAUGUCAAUAGCACAAUGAAGUCUGAUAAUACUGUACUGACCAUUGGGUUUGCAAGUCAUGAUGAUCUUGCAAACUGUCUGUUUAUUUUAUGUAAUAGUAGUCUGCAGAUAGAUAAGAUUUCACAUGUGAAGAGACCGCUCAUAAUUUGUAGAUAAAAAUAUGACGUUUUAGAUGAGGUUUUAUGUACAAUUUGCACAAUUUACACAUUGAAGUUUGUUAUAACAGUGGGUGUGGAAUUGUUGUUUCUAGACAAAUAUCAGCACAAGCUGUUCACAAUGAUGUUGUUAUGAUAUAUUUGUGAGUGUGAAAGUAAUAUCUUUGUAUACUGUGAAGUGUGAAUUAAUUCUCACCUUGUGUGUAAGUAUGUGGGCAGUUGAAUAGAAUCUUUACUAUUUAUGUUAACUGCUCGUUGGACAUAAUGGUAUAUUUUCAGGUAAACUUCUAAUAUCAUACAUCUCAACCUAGCCUGAAGGUGGAAAGACAAUUUAUAAUAUAUAUCACAAUUAUACCUAAGAUUAUUUAUAAUUUCAUCAAUAAAGACAUG